UUGGAUGAGAAGGCUAAAGAAGAAAAUGUUGAGAAGCCUUCAACCACACUCUACUGACAAUAUCUUCAUCUUUGCACUCAGACUUUACUCUCUUCUCUUCAUCUUCUCCUCCCUCAACAGCCAUGGCCGCCUCGUCGACUCCCACAUCUUCAUCUACGCAGGCUGUUCCCAAGAAAAGUACCAACCAAACUCAGCCUUUGAAGGCAGCCUCAAUUCUUUACUGGCCUCAGUUGUGAGCUCUGCCCCUCAGACCUCUUACAAUAGCUUCGCCAUGGGAAAUGGCAGCUCAAUCUCAACGGAGGGUGCCGUGUAUGGUUUGUAUCAGUGCAGAGGCGACUUGAAGACGACUGACUGCUCAAGGUGUAUUGAGAGUGCAGUUAGCCAAAUAAGUCUGGUUUGUCCGUACUCCUAUGGGGCUGGUUUGCAGCUGGAAGGCUGUUACGUGAGGUAUGAGCAUGUGGACUUCUUGGGGAGGCUGGAUACGAGCCUUAUGUACAAGAAGUGUAGUAAGAGUGUGAGCAAUGAUGUGGAGUUCUAUAGGCGAAGGGACGAUGUUCUUGCUGACUUACAGACUGCAACUGGGUUUCGAGUCAGUAGUUCAGGGUUAGUAGAAGGUUUUGCCCAGUGUUUAGGGGACUUGAGCUCAGGUGAUUGCUCUGCUUGUCUUGCUGAAGCUGUUGGAAAGCUGAAGAAUCUGUGUGGAUCAGCUUCUGCAUCAGAUGUGUUCUUGUCACAGUGCUAUGCUAGGUACUGGGCUUCUGGCUACUAUGAUUUCUCUUCAGAUUCCUCCUCCAACCAGGACCAAGUCGGAAAAACAGUAGCAAUCAUCGUAGGGGUGUUAGCCGGCCUCGCCAUUGUCGUCGUUCUUCUCUCAUUUUUACGUCGAGCACUAGGUUGAGAAGAUGAUGGAGAGAGAAUGAGAUAUCAUCAUGG